GAGGGCUAUAAACGGGCGGCCUGAGGGGCGGCCGAGGACGACGGCUCCGCCGAGGGCGGCCUGGAGGAGGAGGGCUUUCCCGUCCCUCCGACGGACUCCGACCGGCCGACGACGGGCAGAGCAUCCGGGGGCAUCUUCGUGCCCCGCCCGGCUGCUUCGCCCCGGCGGAUAACGGCUCCGCUUGAAGGCGCUGGGGAAGGCUCGGAAAACCCCUCUUGACGGGCAGUUUGGAAAUAAUCUUUGAAAUCCAGCCCACUGGAGACUACCUUCAUUUAAGAUGCCACCAGCCAUUGGAGGCCCUCAGGGGUACACCCCUCCAGAAGGAGGAUGGGGGUGGGCUGUGGUUGUUGGAGCCUUCAUCUCUAUUGGCUUCUCAUAUGCCUUUCCCAAAUCAAUCACCGUGUUCUUCAAGGAGAUUGAAGUUAUAUUCAAUGCCACCAGCAGUCAAGUUUCUUGGAUAUCUUCCAUCAUGUUGGCCGUCAUGUAUGCAGGAGGUCCCAUCAGCAGUAUUCUGGUGAACAAAUAUGGUAGUCGCCCAAUAAUGAUAGCUGGCGGUUGCCUGUCGGGAUGUGGCUUGAUUGCCGCUUCAUUCUGCAAUACUGUCCAGGAGCUGUACCUGUGCGUUGGUGUUAUUGGAGGCCUUGGACUCGCUUUCAACUUGAAUCCUGCUUUGACUAUGAUUGGCAAGUAUUUCUUUAAGAAACGUCCCCUGGCCAAUGGACUUGCCAUGGCAGGGAGUCCUGUGUUUCUUUCCACCCUGGCACCUUUGAAUCAAGCCUUUUUUGGUAUUUUUGGCUGGAGGGGGAGCUUCUUAAUUCUUGGGGGCUUUCUUUUGAACUGCUGUGUGGCUGGAUCUCUGAUGCGCCCAAUAGGGCCCAAACCAGGUGCCCUGAAGAAAGAACUAUCUAAAGAAGCCUUACAGGAAGCGGGGCAAUCCGGCCUGAAAAAAGACACUGGAGCUGGUGGAGAUGCCAGUACAGAUCUGAUUGCUGGGAACACUAAAGAGCAGAAACUCUCCGUUUUCCAGACGAUUAACAAAUUCCUGGACUUUUCCUUAUUUACGCACAGAGGUUUUCUGCUGUACCUCUCUGGUAAUGUGCUCAUGUUUUUUGGACUGUUUACUCCUUUAGUCUUCCUCAGUAAUUAUGCCAAGAGUCAGAAGAUAUCCAGUGAGUCUGCAGCCUUUCUUCUUUCCAUUCUGGCUUUUGUAGAUAUGAUAGCCAGACCUUCUAUGGGACUUGUAGCCAACACAAAGUGGGUGAGGCCUCGAAUUCAGUAUUUUUUUGCUAUCUCAAUAAUCUGUAAUGGAGUCUGUCACCUGCUGGCACCCUUAUCCACCAAUUACGUUGGGUUUUGUAUCUAUGCGGGAUUCUUUGGAUUUGCCUUUGGCUGGCUGAGCUCAGUCUUGUUCGAAACCCUGAUGGACCUUGUUGGAACUCAGAGAUUCUCCAGUGCCGUCGGAUUGGUGACUAUCGUGGAAUGCUGCCCCGUGCUUCUGGGACCACCCCUGUUAGGUCAACUCAAUGAUAUGUAUGGAGACUACAAAUACACCUACUGGGCUUGCGGCAUUAUCCUAGUCGUGGCUGGAAUCUACCUCUUCAUUGGCAUGGGCAUCAACUACCGGCUUGUGGCAAAAGAACAGAAAGCUGAGGAGAAGCUGAAAAAGGAAGUGAAAGAGGAGGAGACGAAUAUCGAUGACGUUGAUAAACAGAACGAAGUCACAAAAGAUGCGGUAGCACCUCCCCUGCAAAAAAGCACAGAGGAGAUCGCAAAAGAGGCGGGAAACCGCAUUUAAGACUGCAGUGCUAGAGGUUCUGAAGAAUAACUGAGGCCUUAAAAUGUAUCUGGAAGAAUUCUGCUGCCCUGUUGAUGUCAGUGGUGCUUAAUACAGAUCAGGGCAUCAGGUGGAAAAUCAUACUAGGAGUUCAUGGGUGGUUUUUAUUUUCAUUAUUUUUAAAAAGGAUUAUUUUAUUUUCCAUUGCAUUAAUUCAGCAACAGUACAAGUUCAGAGGCUUCCUUUGAGUGAAGGAAGGGGUCCAGAAAUCAUCUUUCUUGGCCUCUCACGGUGACUUGAACAUACUGAUUUGUGCCUUAAAUAUUUCAAUAUCUAGUAAUCUUUAGAGAAGCCUUAACUCUUGUAAACUGUCUAGUUGCAUUUGUCCAUCUUAGAAAUGUUUUAUUUAAAAGGCAAAAUGUUUUUCCUGUGGCAGUCUGUGAUCUUUGGCUGUAUCAUUCAUUUACUGCCAGACGCUAUCUUUGAGAGAUGUGGCGUAGGAGUUGUUUUACAAUUUUAAUUUACUAUUAUAAAACCUUUUUUCCUGAUAUAGGUUCCAGCCACCACACAUGGCUUGUGGCUCUAUUUCUUCUUAUAAUUAUUGUGGUAUUUAUUAUGUGCUUACUUAUUGUGUCAAGCACUGUGUUAUGUGCUGGGGUUGGAUACAUGAUAAUCAGAUAUAAUUGCAUAUAAUUCUGAAAUGCCUUUGCUUCUGGAGCUUGAUUUAACAUUCCCUAACGACACUUUUUCUUUCCUUCUUCCUGGAACAUUGAUUAGAAACUGAUUUUUUUUAUAUAUAAAACACUAUUUUCACUCCAUUGUUUUAA